GGGUACCCCCCCCCUGGGUACCCCCCCCCCCCCCGGGUACCCCCACGGGUAUCGUCAUGGAGCCCCGCGGGGUCACCAAGGCCUUCGCCAAGGUGAAGCGACGCGCGGCCACAGCGGCCACGGCGGCGCCGCCGAGAGACGAGAAGAGAAACCGCGGAGAGGGGGAGGAGGGAGGUGCGCCCCCCUUUCUGCGGGCCGUGCGCGCAUGCGUGCUCGCGGCCGGGCUGAGACGCGCUCGUGCCGAGCUGCUGGCGUCGCGGCUCCGCGCCCACGGAGGCCGCGUCUCCCCAGACCCCGCCGACCCGGCGCUCACCCACCUCCUCGUAGCCGAGGACGUCACCCCCCAGCGGCUGCUGCGUCUGCUGGAGGCCGCGGCGGCGGGGCCCGGCGGGGCUGGCGCGUGGCCGGCCGGGGGACCUCGGCCCGUUGUGGUGCGCGUCGCCUGGCUCAGCGAUUGCGUCGCGGCCGGCGAGGCGCUUGACCCCGAGCCCUACCGGCUCGAUCUCCCGGCGCGCGAGGAGGCGGCGGGCAGUGGGGCCCCGCUCGCCGGUAACGGCCGGGAGGUCCGAACCCCGCCGGGCGGGGGUCCCGUCGAGCGGGGGGCCGCCGCCGCCGUGGUUACGCCGCCAGGGCCGCCGCCACGCACCGCCGAGGAGACAGGCGGUGGAGGUGCGAGCGACGAUGAUAAUGAGGAGGAAGCCAGGCCCAGCGGCGCUGGUGCCGUCACCGCCACCGACAUGGAGGCUCUGCUUACAGGCGCCAGUCGGAGCUCUCCACCAGAGGCGUCGGGUCACAUGGACCUCUCCGAUCAGGCAGCCGCUGCCGAGGUCCGCUCGGGUGCUGCGAGCGGGCAGGACCCCGGGGCGUCCGCAGCGCCGGCGCCCGCGUCGCUGGGCCGCUGGGUGUGCGCCGAGUCGUCGGAGCGCAAGCGCGUUAACCACAAUGCGCACAUCACAGACAAGCUGGAUGUGCUGGCGCGUGCGUACCAGCAGACGGGCGACCGGUGGCGCGCCCUGGGCUACAGCAAGGCCAUCAACGCCCUCAAGGCCCACCACAGGCCCGUCACCACGUACGAGGAGGCGUGUGCGCUGCCGGGCGUGGGAGAGCGCCUCGCCAAGAAGGUGGCGGAGAUCGCACAGAGCGGGGAGCUGCGCCAGCUGCAGCACCUGGACCCCAGCGUGGGCGUCAUCGCCACCUUCACCGACAUCUGGGGCGUCGGCAGCAAGACGGCGCAGGCCUGGUACCAGCAGGGCCUGCGGACGCUGGACGACGUGCGGGCGCGAGCGACGCUGACGCGGCAGCAGCAGAUCGGGCUCCGUCACUACGACGACCUCCUACUGCGCAUGCCCCGUGCAGAGGCCCACGACAUCGAACGCACGGUGUGCGCGGCGGCACUCGCCGUGGACGCGGCGCUACUGUGCGUGGCGUGCGGCUCCUACCGCCGCGGGAAGAGCUCGUGCGGCGACGUGGACGUGUUGGUGACCCACCCCGACGGGCGCUCGCACGCCCUGGUGCUGCCCCGCAUCCUCGCCAGCCUGCACGCCUCUGGCUUCCUCACGGAUGACCUGGUGUCGCACGAUGAGGGCGGCGCACAGCACAAGUACAUGGGCGUGUGUCGUCUGCCGGGGCCCGCGUCCCGGCACCGCCGCCUCGACCUCAUCGCGGUGCCGCACGCCGAGUUCGCGUGCGCCCUGCUAUACUUCACCGGCUCGGCGCACUUCAAUCGCUCCAUGCGAGCGUUGGCUCGCACACGAGGCAUGAGUCUAUCGGAGCGCGCCCUGAGUUCGGGGGUGGCGAGGGGCGGGGGCGGGGGGAAGGUGGGGGCGGGGGUGGCGCUGGCGACGCCGACUGAACGCUCCGUCUUUGAGCUGCUGGAGCUCCCGUUUCGGGAGCCGCACGAGCGCGACUGGUGACACGGACACGCACGGGGGGGGGGGGGUGGGGGGGGGGAUGGGGAGACGCGGGGGGACAUGUGAGGAUGUGCUGGGGAUAGACGCCGUGACGCACGUGGGACACGUGGUGCUGUACCGCAUGUAUGUUGAACUUCUCUCCAACCGUACGUAGCCGACAGUGCUAAUGGGAGGUGCAGUUAGCGGUGCAUGUGUGGCGUUGCUACCGCACGGUGGUGCGGUCGUGGUCCUGGCGUCGUAUGGUCGGUGUGGUUGCCGGCGUGUUGGGCGGAGUGAUACGGCGUAGUGGUGUGGUGAGGUGGUUGUGUCCAUGUGCCUGUGGUUCACUUUGCCCCGCGGGUUCUGUUGAUGUCCACCUCUCAUGCCCGGUCGGGUGCUCGCACGUCUCGUAACUGUAUCCACACUUCACGUGAAACAUCGUCGUUCUUAUAAUGAUGAUUGAUGGGUGAUAUAACCCAACCAUGGAGACUCCGUGCGUGCUAAAACUACAAAGCGCCGAUGAAGCACACACAUUCACCGGGCCUUGCUUACAGAUAUUACCCAAAGUACAUUUUUAAAAUCUAAAAAUUGUAAUCAUGUUGAGUUUACUUAGGGACGGUAAAAAAUACCAAGAUUAUCUUGCAAAAAUAAAAACAUGAGCCCCAAAA